AUGGCAGUCGUGGUGCUCUGCAUGCACUCGGCGUUCCUGGGGGGCUCCGAGCAGACCGCCCUGCUGAGCCGAGUGUGGGCCCAGGGCCUGCCAGAUGAGAGGCUGGUCUUUGUGCCCUAUGACACCAACGGCUCCUACCCGGCCCUCGGCGACUGCGGGCCCCUGCGGGAGGCCUAUGACGCACUGCUCAUUGUCAGUCUGGAGUCCAGCCCUGCAGACCAGCCUGCAGACCAGGCCAUCAAAGCUGCCGGGGCCAAUGGAGAGAGGGCUGCCCGCCUGGAGCCACAGCAGGUGUCCCCGCUCUUUGGAACCAUCUAUGAAGUUAUUGUCCUGCUGGCCCAUGCCUUGAACCACUCUGAGAGCCACAGAGCAGGGCUCUCAGGGGUGCAGUUAGGGGACCACACAGGGGCUGUGAAUGUGGCUGGCUUUAGCCAGAGGAUUCGGAUGGAUGAGAAGGGCAGAAGGCUGGCUCAGUAUAUCAUUUUGGACAGAGAUGGUAGGGGGAGCCAGCUGGUCCCCACCCACAUACUGGACACCGGCACAUGGCAAGUGCAGCUGCUGGGCAGGGCCAUACACUUUCCAGGAGGGAGCCCUCUGGCACGCAACUCCAGCUGCUGGUUUCACCCCAAUACACUAUGCAUGAGAGGCGCGCAGCCCCUGAGUGGCCUCCUGGCUCUGGCCCUGGCCUGCGUCCUGGUGCUGGCCUGCGGGACCCUCACUUGCCUCGUCAGAUUGGGCGUCCAGCAGCUGCAGCAGGUGUGGGGCUCCCACCGGAUCCUGGUGACAGCCCAGGAGCUCAGCCUCAUCUAUCGGCCCCUCAGCAGACGGAUGAGUGGGCGGCUUCACAUGGACAGUGUGAGUGAAUUGAGAAGUGUGGUGGAUGCUGGGAGCCUGAGGUCGGUGGCCCAGGGGUCAGCUAGGAGCCUGCCAGCCCCCCAGGAGCCCUCCAACAUGGCCCUGUACCAGGGAGAGUGGGUGUGGCUGAAGAAGUUUGAAGCUGGCACAGCCCCUGAGCUGCGGCCGAGCUGCCGCCACCUCCUGAGAAAGAUGCGGGAGCUCCGGCACGAGAACGUCACUGCCUUCCUGGGCUUCCUCGUGGGCCCUGGGGUCAGUGCUCUGGUGAUGCAGCACUGCGCAUGGGGCAGCCUGGAGGACCUGCUGUGGAGUGAGGCUCUGCAGCUGGGCUGGACCUUCAAGGCCUCCCUGUGGCUGGAUUUGAUCCGUAGCAUGCGGUAUCUGCACCAUCGACAUUUCCCCCAUGGCCACCUCCAGUCCCGAAACUGUGUGGCGGAUGGACACUUCAUGCUGAAGGUCACUGACCACGGUUAUGCGGAGCUCCUGGGUGCUUGGCAGGCUCCCCGCCCCCGGCCAGCCCCAGAAGAGCUGCUGUGGAUGGCUCCGGAGCUGCUGCGGGGGCCCGGGGCGCCCGGGUGGGGCACCCUCAAAGGAGACGUCUUCAGCAUCAGCAUUAUCCUGCAGGAGGUGCUGACUUGAGGCCCGCCCUACUGCUCCUCGGGGCUCUCAGCAGAAGAAAUCAUCAGGAAGGUGGCAUCCCCCCCUCCCCUGUGCUGGUCACUGGUGUCUCCUGACCACGGGCCACCUGAGUGCAUCCAGCUGAUGGAGCGGUGCUGGGAGGAGGCUCCGCAGGACAGACCAAGCCUAGACCAGAUCUACACCCAGUUCAAAAGCAUCAAUCAAGGCAAGAAGACCAGUGUUGCCGACUCUAUGCUGCAGAUGCUGGAGAAGUAUUUCCAGAACCUGGAGGACCUGAUCCAGGAGCAGACUGAGGAACUGGAGCUGGAGAGGCAGAAGACGGAGAGGCUGCUCUGUCAGAUGCUCCCUCCGUCUGUGGCUGAAGCUCUGAGAAUGGGGGCGACUGUGGAGCCGGAGUACUUUGACCAGGUUAUCAUAUACUUCAGCGACAUCGUGGGGUUCACUGUCAUCUCAGCCCCGAGUGAGCCCAUUGAGGUGGUGGGCUUGCUCAACAACGUCUACUUGCUGUUCGAUGCUGUCCUGGGCAGCCAUGACAUGUAUAAGGUGGAGACCAUCGGGGACGCCUACAUGGUGGCAUCGGGGCUGCCCCAGCGCAAUGGGAGCCGGCACGUGGCUGAGAUCGCCACCACGGCCCUGGACAUCCUCAGCUCUGUGGGCAACUUCCAGAUGAGGCACGUGCCCGACGUGCCCAUUCACAUCAGGGCUGGCCUGCACUUGGGGCCCUGCAUGGCGGGGGUCAUGGGGCUUACCAGGCCUUGGUACUGCCUCUUUGGGGAUACUGUCAAUACUGCAUCCCGGAUGGAGUCCACAGGGCUGCCAUACAGAAUUCACGUCAGCAGAAGCACAGUCCAGACACUGCUCAGCCUGGAUGAAGGCUACAAAAUUGACAUCAGAGGCCAGACUGAGAUAAAGGGUAAGGGCAUGGAGGAGACCUACUGGCUGGCGGGGAAGGUGGGCUUCCCCAGACCCCUCCCCACACCCCUGGAUAUCAGACCUGGGGACCCCUGGCAGGACCUCAUAAUCUGAGAAAUCAAGGUGGCUUUUGCCAAAGCCCGCCACGGGGACGAGGUCACCAAGGAGGAAGGCCAGCGCCCACUUGGCUCCUGCGUCGUGCCCCUGCCCAGGGCUGGGCCGGUUUCCUCUAUGCUGGAAGGCACCAUCCUGGCUACCUUGUCAGCCACAGCCACAGCCACGUACUACAUGGAAAAAGGUGAUGCAGACACAGUGACAGCCUCAGUCACCAGCCGCAGGGUGGGACCAGCCAAAGGAAAUGGGUCCUUCAGUUCCGCACUCAGCAGGGAGGCUGCUGGUAUCCCCGUUUCACAGCGGGUGAAGGCUGCCUGGGAGGAGACUCACCCCCGACCCGCCUGCCCCACGGCCACGCAGGUGCAGCUUCUCAUGGGGGACCUGCCAACUGGCAGCCUCAGCACCCUGGCAACCAAGCUCAGACCCCCGGACUCGGCCUUCGAGGCCUCUGGACCCAAUCAUCCCGUGUUCUCGUCUGCCUCCCAUCUGGUCUGGGAGCUCCACAAGGGGCUGCCGCGAAGCACUUCCUGGACAUUUGGCCCCUUGGACAAGGAUCUGGAAAAGGAAGCCCACAGGGUACACAGCAAAAAUAGCAGCAGCGGCCGCAACAAAUACAGUGAGGAAUUACCUAACACCCACUGGGCGCAGGCUCCAGGCUGGUGCAGCGGCGCCGGCAGCGGGGAAAUCGUGGCCAGGCCGGAUUUCCUCUGCGGACCUGCGCCUCCUAGAGCCACCCGCCCCUCCGGACCCCGUGGGGCCAUGACCCGCACGUGCGGCGCCCAGCCGGCCUCGCUCGCACGGCGCUUCCUUAGCGACCCCGCUGCCUCCCCGCCCUUUCAUUCCGCCCCCUUCGGCCCGCCCCUUCUCAGCCGGGGUUCCAGCGAAAAGAAGAUGCUUCCCCCGCUCGCGCGUUCCGCAUCAACCGAGUCACGCGGGGGCGCGCCGGCCGGCGCUAGGACCCCGCGGCCGGGCCGAGGGGGGCGUGGUGGGGCGGGUCGGCGGGAGAGGUAUUUAAAUUGGAGCCCGCGCCGCCCCCUCGCGGGUCGGCUCCCGUGGGGCAGCGGAGCGGCCGGCGCCUCCUCGGGCCGGGACCCCGGGGCUGGCGCGGCGGCACCGCGGGGUGGGCAGGUUUGCGCAAAAUGUGCCCGGGAGAGGAGCGGCGGCCGCGCUGAGCCAGAUGCCAGGGCAGGGUUCCACGGGCUGCAGGGACGGUCCCUGCUGGAUGUGCAGAUGCCCACCUUGGGGGUAGAGUGGGAUGUAGCAAGCAGAGGAGCGGGACCCGAGGGCCCCUUUGGGCCGCAGUGCCUUCAGGUUCAGAAGGUGUCCCGGUCCUUCCAUGUCCUCACCUCGCACGUGGCACACAGCCCCCUGCAGUGCAGCUUCCGCCCCUAG